AGUUCCGGGUCAACUUAUUUCGCUCAGCACUGUAAUAAGUGAUAAUAGUUGAUAAGGUUUGUUCACUUUCAUGGUCGCAUUACAGCGUCUUCUUGAGGAAAAAUACUGUUUAAAUUAAAAUUUCAAGUAUAAUUUAAUAUCGGCAUAAGGUUUCUGUUGGAUACCUUAUAUAUAUGCUUGUUUCACCAAUCCGGCUUCCUCACUUGUAAUCACCUUGUUCACAAAAUAACUAACAUUACCAGGAAAAAUGAUUACCUUGUCAAAAAAAAUUAAACAGCAGUCAGGAUCUAAAAGAGAGGCAGAUACAGAACCUAAACGGAUAUCCAUCCGAGAUCAGCUGCUUGUUAAAGAGGUGCAAGAAAUGGAGGAGAACAUGCCACGAACUUGCAGAGUCAACUUCGAAGAUCCAAGUAUUCUGCACCAUUUUUCUCUUACCAUUACACCUGAUGAAGGUUUAUGGCAAGGUGGGAGAUUCAAGUUUCAAAUAGAUAUUCCAGAAGAAUACAACAUUUUGCCACCAAAAGCUAUAUGUGCCACAAAGAUAUGGCAUCCUAAUAUAACAGAAAAUGGAGAAAUCUGUCUUAGUCUGCUUCGUCAAAAUUCCUAUGAUGGGCUUGGUUGGGCUCCCACACGACGAUUGAAGGAUGUGGUGUGGGGACUGAAUUCUUUAUUUUCAGAUCUCCUCAAUUUUGAUGAUCCAUUAAAUGUAGAAGCUGCUGAGCAUUAUGCAAGAGAUAAGGAAUCCUUCAAGACAAAAGUGAGAGACUACAUUCAGACAUAUGCCAAGAGAUAAUUAUAGCUUGAUGUUUUAGUCACAGAUGGUGUGAAUGAUGGAAGAAUGGAGAAUGAUAAUUAAUGUGGAUUUAUAGCGUUCUAUGCUGUGUGAAGGUAAAGUCUGUCUCCUGUGGGGAAUUUUUAGUUAUUGUUACUUUUGUGCUUAUUUCAGAUGUGAAAGUGAUAUUUCUUGCAUCAAGGCAAACCUUUAACUUAUUUGAAACUAGACAGUAUUUUUCUUGCAGGAUAAAACAUUUGCACAGCUAAAGCCACUGAAAUAUGGCAUGGCAAGAUAAAAAAAAAUUAUCUGUGUAUUAUUUUUAAUUUUCCUUAUAUUUUAAGCAGCAUUUUUUUUCCAUAGAAUAAUAUUUGUAGGUGAAACAAUCAGUCUGAGAUCUGACUUUGGAUUCCCAUAAUAUUUCAGUGUAGGGCUCCUAAAUUGUAGGCUGUUGUGAGUACACACAGGAAUACCAGAGUUGACAUACAUUUGAACAUUUACUGAAUAAUGUUUUUGUAUUCUACUAAACCUAGCAUGUGAUGAUAAAAAUUAGACAUCCACAUAGCUGACUAGCUGUUACUGAGUUCACAUUGUUCACCUCUCUCUUGUUGGUUUCAGACUAAGAUUAGUGCUUAUCUUUUAAAAAUGAACUCAUUUAUUAGUUAAUUUAAUUGCCGUUAAGGGGAUCAAAAUUAUUAUAGGUUAUUUCUGUUUGACAUUCUUCUAAUGGAAAUCAAAUUCUGUUUAAUUAAGUGUUUCUUACACCUACUGUCAAAAUAUAGUUUGCCUUUUCUAAGAUUUUUGUCAUGACACUUAUGUUAGACACGUCUUAAAAGGUUGAAUUAUUUGAAGAUAGAAAAAGUAGUACUCUUCUUAUUUUCCUGUUAAUGUUAAUUUAACUUUAUUAGUUUACUUUGAAGAUUGUAAGAUUUUGAGAGAUCACUCACAAGUCUAAGUGGGUCUGCUUUGGACACCACAUUUUGUGAAACUUUGGAUUCAUCAUUGAACAAAGAAAAUCAUCUCACAGAAAAAAAUUAUCAGAAUCAUUGUACCUGCAUGGGAAUAAAAGAAGUCAUGAUUGGUAGGGCUUGGGAAAGUUCAUAGCUGCUGUUCAAUUGGUACAAAGUCAAAACAACUUUUCACCUUAGCUCUUCUUAUACUAAACAGAUAUUAAAAGAGCAAAUAAUAGAACUUUUGAUGUCUAUUGUUUACUUUUUAAAAAAAUUAUAUGAUAUAGUUGAAAAUGGAUUGAAUUUCAUGGUUAUGUUUUGUGGGGUUAAAAUUUGCAAUGUCUUUAUUUAAAAAAGACCUCAGUUUCACAUGGUUGAGUAUUUAACUUUCCUAUUUUUUUCUGUAUUAAAAGCUAAAAAAAGUUUUUAUCAAGCUGACUUUCGCCUGAUGGAAAAGUGCUUCUGAAAAGUGUGCUCACUUCCACUUUGCUCAUGCUGUUUGCAGAAUAGUGGUUCCUGUUUGGUGCACAAUUUAUUAACAGUAUGCCUGAUAAUCGUUAGCUUUGGUUUGUGAAAAGUUCAUUGAUAUAGAGUUUUUAAAUUAUUAAAACCAGAAGGUAAAAACAAAAUGUGUUGAUUUUGGACCUGUUCUAUCAGACUGUCCACUCAACCAGCCAGCCUGGACAAAUGCAGUUUCAUGAGCUUGCCAUUUCAAGUCAAAGCUUUUUAUUACUGUAUAUGAUGGGUAAGAUAAUUAAUUGUUUUAAAAAUCAUUCCUGGUGACUAAAUUUUGUCAUGUUAAUGUUUAUUACCCAGAUGUCUUUAACAGAACUUUUAUGUACUUUUUUUAGGGAAGCUUCAAAGAACAAUGUAAUUUAAAAAAGAUGGCUAAGUAAAACAUAGGUUAAAAAAAGAAUAUGCUGUCUCUUGGUAUGAGGUGCCAUAUUAAGUAGAAUAACACCAUUGCAUAGUCAUUGUUAUUUAUCAAUUAUAAAUAAAAUCACAGGCAUUUUGAAAUUUAAAAAAAAUUGUACAGCAGGAAUUUAUCGAAACUCAUUUUCAUUCAGUAUGUAAAUCUCUGUUCAUAGAUGUUUAUCAUGCAAGAACACUAUCAGGCUCCAGAUUUGGGAAUAAUUGGCUCCUUUUCAAGAAAGGAACAAGAAGAUAAAAUGUUAAUAAUGGCCUACCAUCUCUAGGACCUUAAAGAAGAGAUAUUAACACAUACUCAUAAACACUUAAAUGUAGUAAAUUCAUAAUUUCCACUAUAUAAAUAUAUGCACAAUUUAAGGGAUUUGUAUGAAAAGGAAUGCUGGUGAGAAAACAGUUUUCAAGAAGGUGCUAAAAUGCAGAUGUUAUACUAUGGUUUGCAAAAAAAAAAAUAGGAACAGGAAAAUUUGAAAAAGUGGGUAUGUAUUGUUUAUUACAUAUUUUGUUAUAGCUGUUACAUACUAUAAAAAUGAAAUACAUAUACAAGCAUUUUCAGUACUAUCCAACAAUAUGUAUAACCAUUUAUUGCUGGAGAAACGAAAAUGGGGAAAAUCCAUCCAAUGUUGGGAAAAAUAUCAAGACUACCCUAGGUUUUACAGUUCAAAAGGGUAAAUGCCCGCUUAAUGGGCCCUGAAAUUAACUUAGAUUAUAAAUAAUAUUUUUUCCAGACUUUAACUUGAGCACAUUUGCAUGAAUAAUUUCUGACAAUGGUUUUUUUCAGAUUUUACACCAAAAUAAGUAUCUAUAAGCUGCCUGUGUAGUGUAAAGAAUCUAGAAUGUAGAGUGUAUAGAGUGUUGAUUGGUGCUGGCCAGUUCAGUUGGCAGUUUUGUAAAGAUGGUCUUUAACCAGAGUUAGCUUUGUGGAAUGGUGUUAAGGAUAAAAUAGAUGUGGCAAAGCUAAAAUAAUGGCCAUGGUGUCUUGCGCUGGAUUUUAGUUUUCUUUUUAAUAUGGGUGCAGUAGUGGUAAUAUUUUGUUCUGUUUUUUUCUUCAGUAAGUUGUAAAAUAUUUAUGUGCAAUUACUGUCUAGUAGUUUACACUUCACGUUGAUGACCAUAAGUGGCUUGAAAAAAAUACAGUAUUAUUGCACAGAUUUAGAGUUUUAAAAAUUUGCUGUUUUAUUGUAUCAUUAGAUCAGACUGGGUUGAUAUGCUUUAGAAGUGCAAAACAAAUAUUUUCAGUGUUUUCAGUUGAUUUUUGUUAUAAUUUAGCAGUCACACUUUGCUUUCAGUUUUUAAUUGCCAGGCCUUAAUAAUAUACUAGUCAAUUACCACAAAGAACAUGAGAGUCAUGUCAUAUUCAUAAUUUAAUUUAGUAAAAUGCUUAUAUUAGUUUAUUCCUUGUUGCUCUUUGAGGAGCAUAGGGCCGCUUAAAAAUGCUUAUAUACUUCUGUGUAUUAUAUUUAUAUGCAUGUUUAUGAAUGUGUAUGCAAGAAUGAGAUGGAAAUCAUGUUUUUUCACUGAAGUGCUUGUGAGAGCAUGUGUAUAUUUGUACAUGCCUGUGUCCAUAUGGACUUGAAUAUAUCUGAACAAAAAUGCAUUAAGAAUUCCUUUGUAAAUGAACAUUAAUUUUUGUCUAAUCUGGUAAAAUAUUUAAGAGUUUCAGGAUUCCAGAAGAAUCAUACAUUUUUUUCUGAUUCAGUGUAAAAUGUGUUUAAAGAGGUUUUUUUCUCUUUUUUUAACGAGAAAAAUUGUUCGCAAGAUGUAGGAAAAUUUAGCAUAAUUACAUUUUAAUUUUAAAAGGAGACUUUCUUAUUGAAACCCCUUUAUAGUACUUCGCUCCAUUGAUAAAGUAUUUAUAACUCCUUGAAACCCUAUAAGGAGACCCAUUAAAAAGAAAAAUUAAAAACUAACCCAGUUGCAAAAUUAUUUCGAACAACUGGGCUGAGGUCAUUGAAAGAUAUACACUUCACUAAUCUGAGUGAAUAAUUAAGUUCAUGAAAUCCAAGCCUUUGGCUGUGUUUUAAAAGGGAGGUGGGGAAGGAAAAGUCAAGGUUUCAUUUCAUUUAGCAUAUGAAUGUUUGCUGUUAAGGCAACACUUCAUUAGCAUGAGCUCAAAGCUCUUGCACUGGCUACCAUCUUCAUAGGCAGAAUUAACCAUGUGUGCUAUUCCCAGAAUAUUAUAAAGUCACAACAUAUUUUUGUGACAAACUAAUGGCAGCCUAUGCUGUAUUAAGCAUCCAGCAGCUUUGAGCUUUAUUUCAUAUUGGACUCAGGUAUAGUAUUUAAAAGCUUGCAGUUUGAAUGGUUCUCCCAAAGCAGACUUGUUUGAGUGUGUCUUUUCUUCUGUGGUCUUAUAUGGUCACAUGGUGACUUGAAUGAUCAGCAUAGUUUUUUUUCUCUUUCAAGUGAUUUUUGCAGUGUUUACUGAAAUACAUAUCUGUGUACACUUUAUACUGCACUCAGUCAAAUUUGUUCCUAUUCUGCUGCUGAGAAAAAGAGUCAGUACUAAAUAUUGGUUCAUACCCCAUUGUGACCACAGCACCUGCCACAUAUCUUCAGAACACAGGUCUUUAUCUUUGUACUUGAAGUGAAGAGAGAUAACCUUAUUAAGCUCUAGACAACCAUUUCUGGUUGUAGGUCCUGAUUUUGUAUUAUUAUUAACAGCUAUGAUAUAAGGAAAUCUUAUAUCAUAGCUGAAAGGAUUUCCAGAAAGGAUUGACUGAUAUUGGUGAUAUAAAAGUGUGUUCCUUGCA